CCUCCUCUGGGAACGAGGCUGGCUGACCUUUCUGGCUCCUCGCCGCCAUUGCUCUCGUUUCUCGGCACCUGGCAAGCACCGCGAUGGCCUUCGUUUCAGCCAGAAUCACGGGCGCCCUAGCCAAGCAGAUCGCCCGCACGGUCACCAAGUACCCAACCAAAUGCAUUGGGGUAAGUUCGGUCGCCGUGCGCGCCCUAUCCACCUCGAACCGCCUGUACGCCGGUGCCGGCUCAGCCGAGGUUUCGUCCAUCUUAGAAGAACGCAUCCUCGGCCAGACUACCACUUCCAACCUCGAAGAAACCGGCCGCGUCCUCUCCAUCGGCGACGGUAUCGCCCGCGUGUACGGACUGAAGAACAUCCAGGCUGAGGAGAUGGUGGAAUUCUCCAGCGGCCUCAAGGGCAUGGCGCUCAACCUCGAGCCCGACAAUGUGGGUAUCGUGGUCUUCGGUAACGACAAGCUCAUCAGGGAAGGUGACAUUGUCAAGCGUACGGGCGCUAUCGUCGACGUCCCCGUCGGUCCCGAGCUUCUGGGUCGCGUGGUCGACGCCCUCGGCAACCCCAUCGACGGCAAGGGACCCGUCGCGUGCAAGGGCAGGGCUCGUGUCGGAGUCAAGGCCCCAGGCAUCAUCCCCCGUAUCUCCGUGAAGGAGCCCAUGCUUACGGGCAUCAAGGCCGUCGACAGCCUUGUCCCCAUUGGCCGUGGCCAGCGAGAACUCAUCAUCGGCGACAGGCAAACUGGUAAGACCGCCAUCGCCAUCGACACCAUCAUCAACCAGAAGCACUUCAACGAUGGCAGUGACGAGAAAAAGAAGCUGUACUGUAUCUACGUUGCCAUCGGCCAGAAGAGGAGCACAGUUGCGCAGAUCCUGAAGCGCCUCACCAGCGCGGACGCAAUGAAGUACACCAUCAUUGUGAGCGCCACCGCUUCGGACGCCGCCCCUCUGCAGUACCUGGCCCCCUACGCCGGCUGCGCCAUGGGAGAGUACUUCAGGGACAACGGCAUGCACGGCCUUAUCAUCUACGACGAUCUCUCCAAGCAGGCCGUGGCCUAUCGGCAGAUGUCGCUGCUGCUGCGUCGUCCCCCCGGCCGCGAGGCCUAUCCCGGUGACGUCUUCUACCUGCACUCCCGCCUGCUCGAGCGUGCGGCCAAGAUGAAUGACACCUUCGGCGGCGGCUCCCUCACCGCCCUGCCAGUCAUUGAGACCCAGGCCGGAGACGUGUCCGCCUACAUCCCGACCAACGUAAUUUCCAUCACAGAUGGACAGAUCUUCCUUGAGACGGAGCUCUUCUACAAGGGUAUUCGGCCUGCCAUUAACGUCGGCCUGUCCGUGAGCCGCGUCGGCUCCGCUGCGCAGACCAAGGCCAUGAAGCAGGUUGCGGGGUCCAUGAAGCUGGAGUUGGCCCAGUACCGUGAGGUUGCAGCCUUCGCCCAGUUCGGAUCCGACCUUGACGCAGCGACCCAGCAACUGCUGAACAGGGGUGUCAGGCUGACGGAACUGCUCAAGCAGGGACAGUAUACGCCCAUGGCCAUUGAGGAGCAGGUGGCGGUCAUCUACACCGGAGUCCGCGGCUACCUGGACAAGUUGGACCCGUCCCAGAUCAACCGCUUCGAGGCAGAGUUCCUGCCACACAUCAGGUCGACACAGAAGGAGCUGCUUGCCACCAUCGCCAAGGAGGGCCACAUCAGUCCGGACACAGAUGCCAAGCUGAAGAAGAUUGUGGUCGACUUCAUGGCGUCCUUUCAGGCCUGAGGCGGUUGGAAGCCAGCACCGGGGGUUGAAGGAGACCAUUCCGCCGUGAAGGGGCCAUCAUAGGACUAUAUUUCGUAUGGAAGUGGCUUGGGCCAUGCACGGGCUCUUUGUGAAUAAAUAGUUUUCCCACAGUCAAA